CAGCAGGAGAAGGCUUUCUGUGUGCUCCGUUUUGAGGUGUCCAGAUCUGUGUACAGUGCAGCGUGAGUUUCGUGCACGGUUUCAAAAAGACGCGCCACACAAGAAUAACAUAAGCUGGUAGUACCGACAGUUUGUAGAUACUGGAUGCUCGUGUAAAGGCAAGAGUCGUGGUCGACCUUGUGUGUCUGAUGACAACAUCGAAAGAGUGCGUGAUGCGUUUCACCGAAGUCCCCGCAAGUCAGUGGGUAGAGGAAGCAGGGGAUUGGGCAUGCCAAAAAUGACGGUGUGGAAGGUGUUGCAUAAGUGGCUGUUUAAAACCGUACAAGAUGCGACUGGUGCAGCCCCUUAAACCAGCAGACAAAGCAAAAGGCGUGACUUUUGCGAGGAGAUGCAGUUGAAAAUGGAGGAAUAUGGCAAGGCGAACAGACACAAUGUCCAUAUCAGGGGAACCGCGCAACCACAUGCACAGAUAGAAUCACCAGCGUGACUCUCCAAAAGUCCCGUGAGAAAGUGUACGACCCAUUUAUCUUCACGGAAGCAACUGUGACAGGCGACUCAUUUUUGAACAUGUUAGAACGCUGGUUGUUACCCCAACUGAAUACCAAUCAUGACAAUUACAUUCUACAACUGGACGGAGCUCACCCCACCCCCCCAUUUUCACAGGAAUGUACGGGUGUUUCUCAAUUGUGGUCUUCCACAGCGCUGAAUUGGAUGUGCUGCUGCAAAUGGAGACAACAACCUUCUCCCUUGGCCACCCCGUUCGCCAGAUCUUAUGCCGUGCAAUUCCUUUUUUUUGGGAGGUUCAUUAAAGACAGCGUUUAUGUACCACCAUUGCCCACGUCCAUCCAUGAACUUCGUGAUAGGAUAACGCAUGCGCUGCAGGCUGUUACAGUGGACAUGCUACACCAGAUCUGGGAUGAGUUUGAUUACCAUGUGGAUGUGUGUUGUGUGACCCAGGGUGCACAUAUUGAAGGCUUGUAAUUAGCGCAUGAGAAACUUGGACAGCUGACGCCGCUGAUGGUGUAUGUUGUGCCUGUAUCUGUCAAUGCAUCCAGUUCAGAAUGUGUUGGAUUGUGAGAAACUCAUGGAACGAGGCUGGAAGAACAGAGCUACAGGGUCAACAUUGAUGAAUGCUGACUCAUCAAGAUCACAUUCAAUAUUCAGCAUCAACCUGGAAAUGAUGCCACUCUGUGCUCUUGAAGAUGGUGGCUGUUCUGAUGAUGGAGACCACAUCCGUCAGGGCAAGCUGAACCUUGUUGAUCUUGCUGGUAGUGAACGACAAGCCAAGACAGGUGCCACUGGCGAGAGAUUAAAAGAAGCUACCAAAAUAAACCUAUCAUUAUCUGCCUUAGGGAAUGUGAUAUCAGCUCUAGUGGAUGGAAAGUCCAAACACAUUCCCUACAGAGACUCCAAAUUGACAAGGCUUUUACAGGAUUCACUGGGAGGCAACACAAAAACUCUCAUGAUUGCAUGUCUCUCACCUGCUGACAACAACUAUGAUGAAACAUUGAGUACAUUGCGCUAUGCAAACCGUGCGAAGAACAUUAAGAACAAGCCAAGGAUAAAUGAGGAUCCAAAGGAUACAAUGCUUAGGGAAUACCAGGAAGAGAUUAAGAAGCUGAGACAGAUGCUUGAGACGACCAGCUCUAGCAGAAAUACAGCGAUAUUGAUGACUGAUGAGAAGGUUCUGGCAGAGGAACGUGAGAAAGUUCGGCUUGAGUAUGAGAAUGAAAUGAAGAAGAUGCGAGAACAGUACCUGGCUGAACAGGACCACAAGACAAAGCUUCAGUUGGACAUGGAUAAGCUGAAACGACAGUAUGAAGAAGAACUUGAGAGAAUAAACAAACAAGUUACCACUCAUGCAAGUGCCAAAUCUCAAAUUGUUGGAGCCAAAACUCCAUCAGAACUCAUUGUGACUGAGGCCCUUAAGGGUGAGAAUCCAGCCAUUAGUCCAUCUCAACAAGAAGUACUACUGAGGUUGCAGAAGUUGCAGAAAAGCAUGGUAGGUGGAGAGCGUGCCAAUGACCGUGAACUGAAAGAAAAACGGCUCAGGAAGAAGAAAGCAGCUGAACGCCGCCUUCAGGCCCUGGCCAAGGUUCUGUCAAAGGUUGAAGAUGAUGAUGGAGUGUUUCUGCAGGUUUAUGAUGAUAUCCAGCAAGAACUGAGCCUUAAGACUGACGCCCUUAGAAAAAACAAGAUGAAGGUUCGGGCAUUAGAAAGAGAAAUAUCCGAUCUCCAGAGUGAGUUUGAGAAUGAAAGAACAGACUACCUGGAGACAAUAAGGAAACAAGUUCGUUUACAGAAGCUAUAUCUUCAAAUUGUUGAAAAAAUAUUGCCAACUUUAAAAAAGGAAUGUAAUUAUAGUAAUUUGGAGAAAAUAAAGAGUGAGGCUGUUUGGAAUGAUGAGUCUCAGAGCUGGAAACUUCCCGAACUAAUCAUAACUAGGACAAAACUACCUCCAGCUGGGGUGCAGCCAAGUCUGUUAACUUUACGGCCAAGUUCUGCUCAUAAUGGAACCUCAAAUAGGAGUAGUAGCUCCAGCCGUAAGUCAGGAAAAUCCAAUAGCAGUCCUCCAUCAGAUAAGAGGAUCAGUUCUCCUGACAUGGAUGAUGAAAAUAGAGUGAUAUUUAAGAAGCUACAGAAGAGUGAACAGGAAGACAUUGCUGGAAACUAUUUCAAGCCAAAACGAGCUGUUGAGUUGUUAAAUAGAGCCAAAGAAGAUGCCAGCAGAGCUUUCAGUACGUGGAAGGAGUACACAAAUCGUCAUAAAGGAAACAACGGCACAAAUGGUCUGAACAAUAUUCUAAACAUAAGCCAAUCACAGAAUGGUUUACACUCCUCACUGAAUGCUCUGAAUCUAAAUUCAUCCAUUUCAGCAGUGAAUGGGAACAAUAUUCUCAACAGCUCUUGGAGUUCCAGUCCAAAUGGUAAUGGACUGACUACAACUCAUGGUAAUAGUUGGUUAGGUCAGUGUUAAUAUCUAGGCUGAGGAACUGUUA